AUGUCCUGCGGCGAUCUCUUCCUCGGCCUCCUGGCCAUCAUCUUCCCCCCUCUUGCAGUGUGGGUGAAGCGGGGCCUCUGCUCAGCUGACUCACUGAUCAACAUCCUCCUCUGCCUGCUCGGAUUCAUUCCAGGUCUUCUUCACGCCUGGUACAUCAUCGCCAAAUUCCCAGAAGAAGAGCACGACUACGAACGAGUGCCCGACGCCGAGAACCAGCGAGUCACCUACUACUACAUCAAUCAACAACCUGGCCCUCGUCGUGACUAUGGUACGCAGGGAGGCCAACGACAGCCUGCUCCCAAGCCAAAUUCCUCAGCGCCACGAGUUCCACAGCACUCGAGACCCGAGCCCGCUGGCCCAAGCGUUGGUGCUGGCUCGGAUGAGGCAGGUGCUCCUCCCAGCUACAGCGAUGUGGUGAAAGGAGACAAUAAGGUGCAGAAUCAGAACUAG